UAAAUGAAUCAAGUUACAUUACCUUAAUAAUGUGGUACUUGGAUUAUGUUACAAACGACAUAUUUUAACAGGUAACUAGUCACUGUAUCAGAAUACAUUUUAAACCCUCCCAACACUAGUCAUACACGUGUUAAAAUCCCAAGUUGUAGUUUUAGAAAGAGUGUAGUGGGGAUACAUGGUAUGUGUCCAAGUAGAGGUUUAAACAUACUCGCAAGUACGUUCGAACGUAUUUGCCAGUCAAAAUAAUUUUACUCCACAUUGUCAUCUCCACGAUUCCGUCCAGGUCGGUGUACAGUAGACACUUUUUCCUGUGCCCUGGCUACGUCUAUGUUUACAAACAUUUUGACAUUGUGUAGACAAAUCCAACUUCAUACCUUACCCACCAAUAUAUAAAACGCAUGUAAUUUUCCACAUAAUGUAAGUGAAAUAAAACCAUGGGUCAUUUUGGAAAACCCCGACAAACAUUCACAAAAUAAUGCACAGUCUCUUUUAGCGGUGCGCGUUGCCGAACACACGCACAUACUCGUGCGAUCUGUGCCUUCUCAAGCUGACUUCCUGCACUCGCGCGCAUAUCAUCAGGUGGCCAUUGCGCUGCUCAAAGCCUGCUCAAACUGACCCCAGAGCAGCAGGUCCCGGCGACGCGGUUAUCUCCAAGCCCUUCCUCCUCAUCCAGCUCUUAGCAUCGUCAAUAUCCUCCUGCUUUCUCUCGUGCGACCCCUCCCCCAAAUGUGGUCUCUCCUCAUGAAUCUCUUCCGCGUGCGUUUGAUUGACAGUUAAAAGAUAGGAAACUGGUUCUACAACGUCACGCCAACUGCAUCCUGUAGUUUGUAUUUGUUUUGUUUUUAAUUUUUUUUUCGUCGUUUUACGGCAGUUUUUUUCUCUCCUCCUAUCUGUGGAAGAAGCAACAUUUUUUCGUCUCCCCAGGGGAUUCGCCCCCACCUCUCCUUUUCCCUCUCUGAAGCUGUGAAGCGUCCUCCUCUUGAGGUAGUGGAGUUGUAGCCUAGCAGGUGUCGCCUCCGUCCAAGACUCAACAGCAUGUUAGAUCCGUCUUCCAGCGAGGAGGAAGGGGAUGAGAUCCUGGAGGUACAGCGCAAAGAGGUGGCGGCUCCGAAAAGCCUCAAAGGAGCGCGGCCCUCACCGAGCCGAGACACCGACGGCCACAGCGGCGCGGGUGGGCUGCAGCCGCGGGGCCGAGCGGGCAGCGGCGGGCGAGCCUCAAGCCCCAGCCCGUCGGUCGGAAGCGACAAGGAGAAGGAGGACAUUGAGAAGAUGCAGAGGGAGGAAGAGGAGAGAAAAAAGAGACUCCAGCUCUACGUGUUUGUGAUGCGUUGCAUCGCAUAUCCGUUUAACGCAAAACAACCCACUGACAUGGCCAGAAGGCAGCAGAAGAUCAGUAAGCAGCAGCUGCAGACAGUCAAAGAGCGUUUUCAGGCAUUCCUCAACGGAGAAACACAGAUUGUAGCCGACGAGGCCUUCAUCAAUGCUGUCCAGAGCUACUAUGAGGUGUUCCUGAAAAGUGAUCGAGUGUCUCGGAUGGUACAGAGCGGCGGCUGCUCAGCCAGUGACUCGCGCGAAGUUUUUAAAAAGCACAUCGAGAAGCGUGUGCGCAGCUUGCCAGAAAUCGACGGCUUGAGUAAAGAGACUGUUCUCAGCUCAUGGAUAGCUAAGUUUGACACCAUUUACCGAGGCGAGGAGGACCCAAGAAAACACCAACAGAGAAUGACUGCCAGCGCUGCCUCUGAACUGAUUCUCAGCAAAGACCAGCUCUAUGAGAUGUUUCAACAGAUUCUUGGUAUCAAGAAGUUUGAGCACCAGCUUCUAUAUAAUGCCUGUCAGCUGGACAACCCAGAUGAGCAGGCAGCACAGAUCAGAAGAGAGCUGGAUGGACGGUUACAAAUGGCAGACCAGAUCACCCGUCCCUUGCGAUCAACUUGGGACCAGUCCGUGGACUACCAGCUUGGCGGAAGAUUCCCUCGGUUCGCCUCGAGGGAGAUGGAGACCAUGUUCAUCGAAGAGCUACGGUCCUCAGUCAACCUGCUGAUGGCCAACCUGGAGAGCAUGCCAGUGUCGAAAGGUGGAGAAUUUAAGCUUCAGAAACUGAAACGAGGUCACAACACAUCAAUCAUGGACAUGGGACAAGAGGAUGAGAACACCCUUUCCAAAUCUGACGUGGUGCUUUCGUUUACCUUGGAGGUGGUUAUCAUGGAGGUGCAGGGUCUUAAGUCUUUGGCCCCAAACAGAAUCGUGUACUGCACCAUGGAGGUAGAGGGUGGCCACAAACUGCAGACAGACCAGGCUGAGGCAUCUAAACCCACUUGGGGAACCCAGGGAGAUUUCACAACGAGCCAGCCCUUACCUGCUGUCAAAGUGAAGCUCUUCACUGAAAGCACCGGGGUGUUGGCCCUGGAGGAUAAGGAGCUUGGAAGGGUUGUGCUCCAUCCAACCCCGAACAGUCCCAAGCAGUCUGAGAUGCACAAAAUGUCCGUUUCUAAAGGCUGCUCAGACAGUGACCUGAAGAUUAGAUUGGCCAUCCGCAUGGAUAAACCCCAGAACAUGAAGCAUUGUGGGUACCUAUGGGCCAUUGGCAAAAAUGUAUGGAAAAGAUGGAAGAAACGAUUCUUUGUUCUAGUUCAGGUGAGUCAGUACACAUUUGCGAUGUGCAGCUACCGAGAAAAAAAGGCAGAGCCAGUGGAGCUGCUCCAGCUGGAUGGCUACACUGUGGACUACACAGAUCCCCAGCCAGGCCUGGAUGGUGGUCGGACAUUCUUUAAUGCUGUGAAAGAGGGUGACACUGUAAUAUUUGCCAGUGAUGAUGAGCAGGACCGGAUCCUCUGGGUGCAGGCCAUGUACCGGGCCACUGGCCAAUCCCACAAGCCAGUUCCUCCUACCCAAGUCCAGAAACUAAACUCUCGAGGGAGCACAGCGCCACAACUUGAUGCACCGAUAUCUCAGUUCUCUGGAAUGAACGAUGCGGAUCGAGCCCAGAAGCAUGGCAUGGAUGAGUUUAUUUCAGCCAAUCCCUGUAAUUUUGACCACGCCUCACUCUUUGAACUGGUCCAGCGCCUCACUUUGGAUCACAGACUCAAUGACUCUUACUCCUGUCUUGGCUGGUUUAGUCCUGGCCAGGUAUUUGUCUUGGACGAAUACUGCGCUCGCUAUGGGGUACGAGGCUGUCAUCGCCACUUGUGUUACCUGGGUGACCUACUGGAGAGGGCGGAGAAUGGAGCCAUGAUUGACCCAACCCUUCUACACUACAGCUUUGCCUUCUGUGCUUCUCACGUCCAUGGAAAUAGUCAGCGUGUGUCAGAGCUGUUAAACUGGCCAGUAUCAGAGGCCGAACUGCAGCAAGCACUUUUCCCCUCUUCUCCUGAGCCCUCUCCCCAAAGCAUUAGGAAAGAACUCAAAAUCAUUGAGUUCGUGAAGAAAAGGGAUCUCAGGUCCCCACUUUUCUCAGGACAAAAAAGACCGGACGGUAUUGGUACUGUCACGGUGGAGGAAAAGGAGCGUUUUGAGGAGAUCAGAGAAAGACUUCGAGUGCUAUUGGAAAACCAGAUUACACAUUUCAGGUAUUGCUUUCCGUUUGGACGACCAGAGGGUGCAUUGAAAGCAACUCUAUCAUUGCUUGAAAGGGUUUUGAUGAAAGAUGUUGUCACCCCGGUUCCACAAGAAGAAGUCAAAGCUGUUAUUCGUAAGUGUCUGGAGCAAGCAGCUCUGGUCAAUUACCAACGCCUGUCAGAGUAUGCCAAACUGGAAGGGAAAAAGAGAGAGAUGUAUGAGCAUCCUGUCUUCUGCUUGGCGUCUCAAGUGAUGGAUUUAACCAUUCAGAAUGUUGGUCGGUUAGUCACUCCCGCAAAAAAACUGGAGGACACCAUUCGCUUGGCUGAGCUCGUAAUUGAGGUGCUGCAGCAGAAUGAGGAGCACCAUGCUGAGGCCUUUGCCUGGUGGUCAGACCUGAUGGUGGAGCACGCCGAGACCUUCCUGUGUCUCUACUCGACUGACAUGGAUGCAGCUCUUGAGGUGCAGCCGCCUGACAGCUGGGACAGUUUCCCCCUCUUUCAGCUACUCAACGACUUCCUGAGGAUUGACUAUAACCUUUGCAAUGGGCGGUUCCACAAACACCUGCAAGACCUUUAUGCCCCCCUGGUGGUGCGUUACGUGGACCUGAUGGAGUCCUCCAUCGCUCAGUCCAUUCACAGAGGCUUUGAAAGGGAAUCUUGGGAACCUGUCAAGAGUAUAGCUAGCACUCUGCCAAAUGUCAAUCUUCAAAUGCCCAAAGUACCAAAUAUAUCGGUGCCAAGUGUUAACCUUGCACAAAUGCCCAGCUUUUCUCCACCCAACUGGAUGACUUCAAAUGAUGACUCCGACAAUGGCUCAGGGACAUCAGAGGAUCUCUUUUGGAAGUUGGAUGCUCUUCAGACCUUCAUCCGAGAUCUGCACUGGCCAGAGGAAGAGUUUGGCAAACACCUCGAAACAAGACUGAAACUCAUGUCAAGUGAUAUGAUUGAAUCCUGUAUAAAAAGAACACGCGCAGCGUUCGAGGCCAAGCUUCAGAGGAGCAGCCGGGCUACAGACUUCCGAGUGCCGCAGUCAAUCUGCACCAUGUUUAAUGUAAUGGUGGAUGCCAAGGCCCAGUCUGCCAAGCUGUGUGCGAUGGACCUGGAUCAAGAGUUUGUUCGAGAAUGGAGACAAUACCUAUCCCAAAUUGACAAUCUCAUCGAGGAAACGGUGAAGGAGAUGACAACCCUGCUGGUAGCAAAGUUUGUGGUUAUCCUCGAAAGUGUCUUGGCAAAACUCUCGAGAUAUGAUGAAGGAACGCUCUUUUCCUCUUUCCUUUCCUUCACAGUAAAAGCUGCCUCAAAAUACGUGGACGUACCUAAGCCAGGAAUGGAUGUGGCUGAUGGUUAUGUGACCUUUGUUCGACACUCCCAGGACAUGUUGCGGGAGAAAGUGAAUGAGGAAAUGUACAUCGAAAGAUUGUUUGAUCAAUGGUAUACCAGUACAAUGAACCUCAUCGGAACAUGGCUGACGGACCGCAUGGACCUGCAACUGCAUGUCUAUCAGUUGAAGAUUCUCAUCAGAAUUGUUAAGAAAAAGUACCGUGACUUCCGCCUUCAAGGGGUCCUGGACUCCACAUUAAACAGUAAGAUGUAUGAGACUGUUCGAAAUCGUCUGACCUUAGAAGAAGCCACCGCGUCAGUGAGGGAAGGAGGGAUGCAAGGCAUUUCGAUGAAGGACAGUGACGAAGAGACCAGCGAUAACUAAAUCGAGAUGGCAACAAAAAAAUGUCACAGCAGGUUCAGCAAUAUGCUGCCUAAAAACACACACAGCCUUCCUGCGGUCAAAAGCGACUGGCCCAAUGAUUAACAUCACUUGCUGUUCGUGGUUUUUGUUCUUUGUUCAUGUAAGAGUUUAUUGUUUAAGUCAGAAUUGAUACAAAUAAAAUGCACCGUGUGUGAAACACUUGCGAGAUGUAGGCCAAUUAUUCAAGUCCUUGCCUAGGCUUAAGAUUGAAUUCACCACAACAUAAUAUUAAUACAGCAGUGAAGAAAAAAUAGUAGUCAAACGUACAUGUCAGCAGCAAAAGGCCGACUGGCAAAGACUCUGUUGUAUUCAAGUGUAUUGAAGUAUUGUGUCAGUGUCAAAAAUCCAAACUGUUAUUAAAUUGUCACUGAUUAAUAUUGUUCUCGCUUCACUGAAAAUGGCACUGGUAAAAAUGGAUACUCAUAAUAAUUUAACAUCAAAUCUGCAGAACGUAUUUGAAAUUCUCGUUUAGUUCUUGUUUUCUCUACUUAACUUCCAAAUGUUCUCAUGCAAUAUGUUAUGACUUUUUUUUCCCCCCCAAUACUGGAGACUAAGCAGUGAAGGCAGCUACUGCAUGUUAUAUUCCUUAAGGGAGGAAGUGAGAAUUAUAUCACUUGUCUUUUUAUUCUUACAAAUCCACAGACUUUAUCAGCGCAAAAGAACAGUGUAUGAUGUAUUUCAUGUUGUUGGCCAUUUUAUCAAAACAUACCAAAAUGUCUUCACUCCUGACACAAGCCUCAUUCACUUACUGUAUGUCGUCUCUUAAGCUUCCUCUUCAAUCAGCCAGCAAGCAGCCUGGCACUAAAGUCCCAGGCUGUACCACAUUGGCCGCGACAAAUGUAUGGUACUGUACAUGAGACUGUUCUCUACACGAACUUCCACAACCAGUCCUUUUGUCGUGGUUUUCCAUAACAAGCAUAGAAUAACUGUGAAACAUGCUGCAAACAUACAUGAAUCAAAGACACACUGUGUUUCAGUAUAGUGAUGACAUGAUGACAUAACAGAUCUCAUGAUGGUAGAUGAGAGAGGCUGUAAUCUGGUAGGUGGCAGUGCCCAGGUUAGGGAAAGGCAUUUGAUUCAAGCUCCUUGAUUGGCAACAGAAAAAUGAUCAAUUCAUUAUUCAACUACUUAAUGUUUCGAUGCAUUGUCAUUGUGGAGGUCUGCGGAUGUUGCUCAUGUUGACAGAACUGAUGCUGUUUAGUUUUGUUUAUCACAGCUUAACUUAGUGUAGUUUAAACCACCAAAUACAAACCGCAAUUCUAUUGAAGUUGGGACAGUAUGUAUAAAACAAACAAAAACAGAACACAAUGAUUUGAAAAUCCUUUUCAACCUAUAUUCACCCCAAAAACAAGUUUAAAUUGAUCAUACUUUUGUUACAAAAAGGUCAAGUUUUGGAGGUGAAAUUCUUUCCCAUUCUUGCUUGAUUUGAAACUUAAGUUGCUCGUCAGUCGAAGGUGUACGUUGUCAUAUUAUGUGCUUCAUAAUGCACAUUUUCAAUUAGAAACAGGUGUGGACUGCUCUUUUACAAUGAAGACAUGCUGUUGUAACACAUGCAUUGCCUUGUUAAAAUAAGCAGGGAGGUCCCUGAAAUAGACUUUGCUUUUGCUUGCAGCAUAAGUUGCAAUUUCAGCAUUAUUGGUGCCUUCGCAGAUGUGCAAGUUACCCAUGCCAUGGGCACCAACACCCCAAUCCAAAUGGUCCUUUUCCUCUUUGGGCUGGAGAAUAUGACAUCCAUGAUUUCCAAAACCAAGUGGAAAUGUGGACUCGUCAGACCAUAACAUAUCAUUUUCUACUGCUUAUCCGAGGUUGGGUCGCGAAGGCAGCAGC